CAGAAGGAAGCAAUGGGAACCCGCCUGUCAGCCAGCCUUUCGAGCUAAUUAGCUCAGCAUACAACAAAGAUAAGUGAGCCUGGGAGGAGGGCCCCCGAGGGGUCUUUAGAUUCUGGGAAAUGUCUGAUUGGCAGAUGUUAAAAGGGAUUCUUUGGUAAUCCAGUGCAUCAAUGAGCUGCACAAAUUCAGUCCAGGACUGCAAGAAUUCAGGCAUGAGGACACUCCGUGCAGGAGGCUCACAGAGGCAGACCCAAGAUGGACAGAACCUUGGAAUCUCUGAGACGCAUCAUUGCCCAAGUCCUGCCUCACAGAGACCCAGCUCUAGUCUUCAAAGACUUGAAUGUUGUGUCAAUGUUGCAGGAAUUUUGGGAAAACAAGCAGCAGCAGAGGGCUGCGUUCCCAAGUGAAGGUGUCGUGGUCUAUGAGUCACUGCCCUCUUCUGGGCCUCCCUUUGUGAGUUAUGUGACCCUCCCAGGAGGGAGCUGUUUUGGCAACUUUCAGUGCUGCUUAAGUAGAGCUGAGGCCAGACGGGAUGCAGCUAAAGUGGCCCUAAUCAACUCUCUCUUCAAUGAGCUGCCCUCUCGCAGAAUCACCAAGGAAUUCAUUAUGGAGAGUGUGCAAGAAGCAGUAGCCUCCACCAGUGGCACUUUAGAUGACGCGGACGACCCCAGCACCAGCAUCGGAGCCUACCACUACAUGCUGGAGUCCAACAUGGGGAAGACCAUGCUGGAGUUUCAGGAGCUGAUGACCAUUUUCCAAUUGCUGCACUGGAAUGGAAGCCUAAAAGCCCUGCGUGAAACAAAGUGCUCUCGACAGGAAGUCAUCUCCUACUACUCCCAGUAUUCCCUGGAUGAAAAGAUGCGCAGCCACAUGGCCCUGGACUGGAUCAUGAAGGAGCGGGAGUCACCAGGCAUUCUCUCUCAAGAGCUCCGAAUGGCCCUGAGGCAGUUGGAGGAAGCCAGGAAAGCAGGACAAGAACUGCGGUUUUACAAGGAAAAGAAGGAAAUCCUGAGCUUAGCCCUGACUCAGAUCUACAGCGACCCCGACACAUCCUCGCCCAGCGAUGAUCAGCUGAGCCUCGCGGCCCUGUGCAGCUAUCCCUAAAAAGGCCAUGUGCCCUCAGGGUGGCAGAAGCUGGACUCGAACAUCAGGGAGCUCACUGAAGGAGGCCCUCUGGGGCUUUAGCAUCUCUAGCUACUACCCGAAGGCUGUACUAACCCCCUACCCCACCCCAUCCAUCCCAGAGUGUGAAAGUAGCAGGACUCCUCCAGGACCCCGUAUCCCCACUCCAUGCAUUUCCCCAUCACUGUAGUGAUUCCUAUCUCGAUAGCACCACCUCAGGAUGGAAGAGUGGCCACAGAGUCGCUGGGAAAAUAUUUUAGGCUGCAACCUAAAGCCUGGUUGAUAUGUGCCUUGCUAGAUGAUGUAUGUUGUUUCAGAGUGGGCCAGUAUAGUAGCCCUCAGAAGAAUGGCAACCAGGACUAGGGGAAGUAGCACAACAGCAAUUUAAAAAAUACCUGGGAUUAAAUAAACAAUAUGGAUUGUUUUUAAAAACAUACAAGGGUCAGAGUGUUUUCCUAAGUUUUUUCAGUUAAGCAAUAACAUAUAUGCUUUAUUCAGUAUAAUCCAAAGCUACCAUGGGAUUUUAUCUUACCCGCAAAGACCUCUUUUUUAAGAGAUUUUUGCUAUAGGGUGCGUAUGUUCACCAGAGAAACAGACACG